UUGAUAACAAACCAUAAUUAGAUGUUUCAUUGAUUUAAUGUUUUUAGUUUAACAAUGACUCUUAUAAACAAUGUUCUUCUUUGUUUGAUGGUGAUGAACUGCUUUGCACAAGAUUGGACUGAAAGAGGUGGAGACGUAAAAUCAUAUGCUUCAAUUGAUAGACAGAGCUCCAAGAGUUCCAACAACAAGGAUGAAAGAUAUGAAAGACAUGAUUCAAAAGCUAAAGAAUCUAAAAGUGAAAAACGUAAUUCCAACAAAAACGAAUCAAAAUAUGACAGCAACAGGAAAGAGACAAAUGAAAUUGAUGAUCCAAAUCAAGUUGAGUUUUCAAACGAAGAAGACAUUAAAAGCAUGUACACUAGAGAAUCAAGAAAAGAAGAACAUGGGUCCAGCAUAGAGGAAUCAAAAUAUGAAUAUAGGAAGAAAGUGGCAACUGAAACAGAUGAAUCCAACAUAGUAACAUAUUCAAAAAUAGAAGAUGAUUCGACUGAUAAAGGAACUCAGGUUUCAAACUGGGGUGAGAGAGAAACCCAACAAGAAAAGGAGGAUCCCUAUACUAAAGAAUCAAACUCUAAGGAUUCAUAUUCUAGAGAUUCAAGCUCGAAAAAGACUUCCUCUAACAAAUCAACCUCUGAAGAUCAAGAGAAUACCAAUUACAUAUCAAUCACUAAAGAAGUAAAAAAAAGACCCUCCUUAAAGGAUAUGAAUUGCAAAGGACAUGAAGAUUGUAUGAUAGAUAGAGCAUAUUGCCAUCCCCGAACAAAAAUGUGCCUCUGCAAAAAUGGAGCUCCCACAUAUCCAACAUGUGACAAGAAGAGUAAAUCAGAUAAAUGUCAACCUAAGUGUCCACCAAAUCAAAUGUGUACAAGUGAUGGGGAAUGUGCUUGUGAGUUAGGUGGGUUUCCUCCUGAAUGCAACAAAUUGAAAUGUGGGCAUUUUGCAUCAGAAAUGAACAAAAAAUGUGUAUGCAUGUAUGGAUCAGAAAAAAAUGGGUCAUGCAACAAAUGUCGUAAAGUGUGUGGAAAAUCUGAAGAAUGUAAAAAGCUAGGGAAAAAGGGAUACAAAUGUAUUUGUAAAAAUGGGGGUGAAGUUCCCUGUGAUUCAAAACCUGAAUCACCUCAUGCACCAAAGCCUGUAUGGGAGAGAUGGUCUCAAUGGACACCAUGCUCUUCUGUUUGUGGUAAAGGACAACGGACUAGAAGAAGAACUUGUGAGUCCCAGGGAGAGUGUAGGGGAAAAGCAACUGAUAGAAGGAGUUGCAAUGAGAGACCCUGUCAAACUAAUUGUGAAUGGUGUAAAUGGGGUCAGUGGGCACCUAAUCCUGAAAAUACAUGUUCAAGUGUGAGAACAAGGACACCUGGUUGUCCGGCAGCUACAGGAGGAGGAAGUAACUGUGAAGGUGAAGAUAGCCAGCAGCAGUUAAUACCUACUAAUGAUGUAGGCUCAGUAAUGUCACAGGACUUCCAUCGUGGGACAGACUGGCCCAGAAACGUGUUUGACGUAGAAUGCCCUGGUGGUUGCAUAGAAGUAAUCAAGGCAGUUUAUGAUUGUGAUCCAAGGGAAGCUAACCCUGAUGAAUUAGCAAGAGUUAAAGGACUAUGUGAUGGAAGGUCAAGAUGUCAGUUUGUUCCGGGUCCAGUGCUGUUUGGUCGAGAGAUCAAUUGUCCUGGUAAAUUUCCUGCAUCCUGGUUUAGUUGGAGAUGCAACGGCAAUAGAAAUCAAAUGAAUGUUAAAAACAAUUUUGCUGAUAUGCCACCUAUGAUGAUGGGAGGACCUGGUGCCGACUAAGCAGCACCGACUGAACCAGCUGGGGGCGGAGGAUUGGACUCUGACUUCCAUUCUUUCUGUAAAUUUUUUUACUUUUGCUUUUAUUAAAUUCAUUGUUGUAUUUUCCUAUUACA